GGGGGAGUAUAUAGAGGAACACAGGGGUCUGUACAAGAACGUGAUGAUGGAGAAUCACCGGCCCCUCACAUCACUGGAUGGGCCCAGUAAAAGAGAUACCCCAGAGAGAUGUUCCCUUCCUCUGUAUUCCCAGGAUUGUACAGAGGAGAAUCCCAGGAUCCCACAGGAGGAUCAGGAAGAACGUCUGUCUGAUAUUAAAACAGACGAUACAGAGGGAGAAGAAGAGAUGUAUGUGUCUGAUAUAAAGGGAGAAGAUAUAGAGGGAGAAGAAGAGACGUAUGUGACUGAUAUAAAGGCAGAAGAUAUAGAGGGAGAAGAAGAGAUGUAUGUGACUGAUAUAAAGGCAGAAGAUAUAGAGGGAGAAGAAGAGACGUAUGUGUCUGAUAUAAAGGCAGAAGAUACAGAGGAAGAAGAAGAGACGUAUGUGACUGAUAUAAAGGCAGAAGAUAUAGAGGGAGAAGAAGAGACGUAUGUGACUGAUAUAAAGGCAGAAGAUAUAGAGAGAGAAGAAGAGACGUAUGUGACUGAUAUAAAGGCAGAAGAUAUAGAGUGAGAAGAAGAGACGUAUGUGACUGAUUUAAAGGCAGAAGAUCUAGAGGUAGAAGACGAGACAUAU